AUGCGGCGACGGCGUGGGGAAUGGCUAUUGUUGUCGAUGUUACCUUGCUUGGUUUUGGCGCAAUCCGGCUACGAUGCACAACCAAUUGGCCGAUUCAGUGCUGAAGACAACGUCGGUCACUUCCAGCCGCCAUCGCCACCCAGACCAGUUCCUCGAGGCUAUCAGCCCCCACCAUCUCCCCUGAUGUUCCAAGCCCCUCGAAGUCGGUUCAAUUCCGCGGAACCUCCCCAAAACAUAUAUGCCAUUCCCAACUACCGUAAACCACCAACACCAGUCAUGGCUCCUCAGUCUGUCGUACGAUAUGUGGGUUCACGACAAAAUGUUAGAGUCGUUGGGAACGAGAAUAAACAAUCUGCACCACCAGCACUAGCGCCACCAGUUGGCUUUGUGGAAGGAUGGAGUGAUCAGCAGAUCAAACCUCCGGCACUGCCCGUACCACAACCAUCAAACCCUUCACGACUAAUCUACACACCACAGGUAACAGCUCAUCGAGAUCGUGGUCCACCAGCUGCUCGACCGCAGGAGCAGCGACAAGUCCAAGUCAAAGUUCAGCCGGCUGUUUCGAGCACUGAAGAGAAUCCGCCCGAUGUUCUGAAUAACAUCAUCGUACACAUCUACCUCAAUGCAAAGGGAAAACAAAGCCAUACGGUAGCUACCUCAGGCCCCAUUAAAGGACUUUUUGGCAUUGGCACUUCUCAUGGAGGUCCAGGAACGCACACAAACCCAAUUGUGAUCAAGAAAGAAUUUGAUCGCGACACUUUGGAAUUUGUUGAGGAGGAAAAUGCCAAGCUCCGUAUGCGCGAUGGUCCAUCCAACAUUGUCGAGGUACAAGCGAUGGUCUCCACGCCUGAUCGAAAGAUUGAAAAUACUCUGAACAAAGCUGUAAAUACUGAAUUGAAUAGAGCAAUUCCCAUGGUGAUGAACAGGAUGCGAGGUCCGAUGCAAAAUCUGGACGACGAGCUGAGAAAAGAGUUGGAACAAGCUUUGGUGGACGAGUUGGCAAAGAAUUUGGGAGAGACUAUUGAUAACAUGGGUCCGAGUCCAAGCGAUGAGGAUUUGGGAGCAUUAAUCGAAGAGGGUUUUAACGAGAUCAACAAGGAUCUGACGUCUUCCACCACCACAACAACUCAGCGCUCAACGACUACCAAGCAGACAACAACGCGCAGGACAACUCGUCCAGUUGCGAUCAUAACUGCUCCUUCACCCGAUAGGGAGAUACCACCUCCACCAGCGCCCGAAACCACCUCAAGGACCCAACCACCACGCACAUCCCGGAUAACUACCACUAAAGCCCCGUCCACAACUACAGUAUCCCCAACACCGACGGUUCCUUGGUGGUGGACGAUGUGGACGAAAACAACUACUCCGCGCACGACGAACAAAGUUCCCACCACGACCGAGGCUCCCACUACGAUUACAGUACGCUGGUGGAGGAACACCACGACCGAAGCUCCCGCCACGACCACUAUGCCAUGGUGGAGGACGCAUCGGGUGUCUACCACAAAGCCGAGUACUCCGUCAACGAUAGCGGCAGAAGUGACGACUAGCACAACUCGUCCGAGUACCACUGCGCGAACUCGCUCUACCACAACUUCAAGGAGGACAACUGCUACGAGCACUUCAAGAGGCACGACUGAAAGUCCCACAAGAGCCACUACCACAGAAGCUGCAUCUCCUAGUACAACUACCAUACCAUGGUGGCGAACCCAUCGCAUAACUUCUACAACACCCGGAACUUCAUCGACAACCGAAAAGGUGACAACAAGCACACAUCGGGUGCCGACAACUACUACAAAAGUGUUCAUGACGACCUCUACAGUUCCUAACAGGUGGAAGACCACCGAAGUCGCUCUCAAGGUCCCCGGAGUGAAGAGCCCACCAGAGUUCAACGAAGAUGAAACUCCCGAAACAACAGAGAAGGCUACACCUGCUUGGCCUGUACCAUCAAUAGACGAAGAAUCCGAAAAAGACCAAGAAAGGAUCGCACCAUUUAGACCUACAAGACCUUCACAUCCCAAAUGGACAGGACAAGUUGCUCCUGCCAGAAAAUCCGAGGAGGAGCAAGAAGAGGAGGAGCCAAAAUUUGUCACAUCACGACCGAUUCACAUAGUGUCGCUGGAUGAAAGUGCUGAGACAGUAACAACUACCACGCAACGUGGCACUACUAUGGGCCGACGUGUCACUUCCAAACCUUCUCCUCCUCCGGCUUCGGGUGAGGCCACACAAACUCCUAUAUUUGACGAGUCUGCCUUUGAAAAAGGCACCACCACAACUAGAAAGACUGUACCACCUACACUUCUGACGGCAGAACCGGAGCCGACAGUUACCGUACCUACACCGGCCUUCACUGAAAGCCCACCUACAGUAACCACCACAAGGCUCUUCAGAAUCCAGAAUAGAACAUCGACAACAAGUAGCACAACAGUUACAUUUGGCACUUUGCCGACUGAAACAGAAGAGCCAGAGGAGGAGGAAGAGCACGUGGUAGUGAAAGGACGUCCAACGAACUUUGGCGAUCAAAACAUGAUGAAGGCGGACAUCGAAAAGGUCAUGCUAGAAGAAACGUUUACGGAAGAUAUGGUGGUUGUCACGACGAGUUCUGCAACCACUGCGGAACUUCCGACGCUACUUCCUAGACUCCCGGAGGACUUCGAAAGUACAGCAGUAUCGCCACCAGUACCAUCUGUUGCUCCAACAGAAAUAGAACCUUUAAGCAUGGAAACAAGCGAAGUUGAUGUGACGAGUUCCGCAACCACUACGGAAGUUCCGACUCUACCUGCUAGACUUCCGGAGGACUUCGAGAGUACGGCAGUAUCACCAGCUGAACUUCCCAUUAUACCUACAAGGACGGAGCCCUCGAGCAUGAAGACAACCGAGACUGAAGUGUUCCCGGAAGAAGUGAUUUCGACAACCACAGAGGCACCUCCUUUCGAAUUUUCUCCGGGAGUAUUAGAACCAGAUGUCAUGCAUCGGCAGCCAUCUGUGCCAGAAACCACAACGCAGAUGGAAAUAACGAGCUCAGUGCAACUCCCUUCGGUUGAAGUGCAACCUAUCCCGGGCUCAAUAGCAAUGCCAAAAGGGUCUUGCCCGACUCCGAAUGAUCACUCAGACAAGAAUCGAACAGAUGUGCUUUUCUUGCUAGAUUCAUCUAAUUCUUACAACGAACAGAAGUUCAUGCAUGCCAUACAACUGCUCAUGGAUACCGUAAAGCAUUUCAGAAACAUUGGGCCUAAUGGAACUCAGAUCUCUCUCGUCCAAUACAAUACAGAACCUUACCUCGAAUUCUCACUCAGAAAACAUAACUGCAGACAGUGGCUCAUCGAUGAUAUUGCUGAUACUGAUUAUAUGCAGGGUGGCAGUAUGCUAGGAAAAGCUGUGGAGAAGGUGUCGCGUUUUGCGUUUACGAAAAAUCGGGGCGAUAGACCUGAUGCUGAAAAUGUGCUUGUGGUGCUGACAGAUGGACAGUCGGAUGAUAAAAUUCAGGAGCCUGUUGAGAUAGCCAAGAAGAACAAUGUGACUGUAUUGGUAAUUGCGACCGUAGAGGCAAACCCCAAUUACAUUAUGGAACUUGCAGGAAAUAUGGACAACGUGUUCCGCUUCCAUACAGAUCCACAUAAAAGGCUUUCACAAAAACUUGCUGAGCGGAUAAUGUCCUUGUCUUCUGCCGCAACACUGUCAGUAGCUCCCGCAACUGCUACACAACCUACCCCAACGACAACGAUGCGAAUUCUCGGACCUCAUGAGAUGUUCACAAUAUCUAUGCCAAAACUAGAUAGCAACGCUGUUGCACAGGAAACAGUUGACGAAGGACUACAAACUGGUACCGGCCAUCAUCUACCACCUUCGUCACCUAUCGUGCCAACCGUUUCUACACUCCCAUGGAGGGGAAAUGAACCAGAAGGUUUUGUGCAUUUAGAGUGCUCACAUCUUGGCUUUAAGAUCAAAUUCAAUCUUCCUGGCGAUUUCAGCGGCGUAGCUCAAGUGAAAGGACAAGAAGAUAGGGAGGAGUGUCGGAAGGAAAUCCGACCCACAGAGGGUUCCUCCAAUUCAUCGACUGAACUUUUCGUCGCUACGAAAACUUGUGGUGUGACACGAGUGAAAUCAAUAGAGCCACCUGGUCAGAAUUACUCUCUCAUUCUUCUCCUAGCUCAUCAUGGAUCCCUUGUGACUGAAAGAGACAGAGCUUAUCUGCUACAGUGCUUCAUAGGAAAACCUACUGUCGAUGCAGAACUGUCCGCUGAUCUAACAGUAAUGAAAGGGGAACUUAUGAUUGCCGAAACAAUCACCUUGACUUCUGUACCUCCAACUUGCUCCUAUUCGAUACGAAAAGACUCUCCCGAUGGGCCAACCGUCAAAACUGCCAUCGUAGGCGAAACGGUUUAUCAUCGAUGGGAUUGCGAUGGUGGUGAAGAGGCCAAUCAUGUGUACGGUAUACAGAUCCAUAGCUGUUAUGCAAGUGACGAUAUUGAUAUGAAGUUCCCAAUAGUCGAUAAGAAAGGGUGUUCAUCAGACUUGGCUUUGCUAUCGGAUCCGAAAUAUAUGGACGACCGCUUAUCGGCGUACGCUGAAAGCAAAGCAUUCGCGUUCCAAAAAGCGGAAUCACUCAAAUUUGUCUGCAAACUCAGCUUAUGUACAAGGGACGGGGAUGGCUGCGAAGGUGUUACGCCCCCUACCUGUGGCGGAAGCUCUCCAGAUCUUCUAAUCACUCGCCGGUUACGACACCAGAAUGUCCUAGAAGGAGCUUUGAGCUCUGCGCUUUCCACCAAAGUCGACGUAACCUCCGAACGACCGCCUUUGAGCCGGGUAGUAGAUGUUCUUUCAUCGAAAGGCUCUCUGAUACUGCUAGCUGUGCUAGUUGUCGCCGCUAUUUUGGGUUCUGUGCUACUGGCUCGAUAUGUACGACAUCCGGUAGAUGCCACCACGAUAUGUUCCGAUCCAGAAACGCUCAUGUCAUCGCCCACAUCUCCUAUUCCACCCUCAGAAACAGCUAACACCUUACCACGGCCAACUUCUUUUGUUGAAUCCUCACACGCAGAAGCAAAUCAACGGCUGGCUGAGUUUAUGAGGAGUUUUGAUCGGUCGAGAUACGUAUAG